AUGUCUUGGGAUCGAGUGCUUCCUGCUCCGGCUGGUCUGCACUAUGAAACCUCUCAAGUCAGACCCAGCGAUCUGCUUGACCACAAGAUCAUGAAUGACUCCCCCAAGCUCCAUGAUCGGCUGGUAUACCGCCCCGAUGUCAAAUAUACCGACUUGUGCGCCAACGCGGUGUCUCAAAUGCACCAGCACUUGAACCCAUACAACCAGCAGAAGAGCGCAGCCUUCCAGACCGACCCAAUGGAUGUAAGAGGCAUCAAACAGGGCCCAGUGAUAGCCACCAAGGGUAUCUCUCGAUCCUCAUCAUCCUCCGGCUCUGGCAGUUCCAGUCCCACGAAAUCAGUCAAGGAACGAGACUCAUUUUGUCUCUGCCAACCGGACCCGAAAGUCCCCCGCCCUCGGAAUGCUUUCAUCUUGUAUCGCCAGCACUACCAGGCGCAAGUGGUGGCUCAUAAUCCCGGAAUGGCCAAUCCUGAUAUUUCGAAAAUCAUCGGUGGCCAGUGGAGGAGCUUAUCAGACGAGGAAAAAGCAAAAUGGCGGGAGCUUGCCGAGGAGGAAAAAAUUCGUCACAAUCAACAGUAUCCUGGCUAUCGCUACCAGCCGCGGCGAAGCGGCCGCGAUGGUGGCCCUCGUAGUGCGGGCUCUGGUAUAAAUAACAAUCCAUCUGGAGGUACUCACUGCGCUCGAUGUGGCGGCCGCUUCAUGCAUCCGCCUUCACCAGUGACCCCAUUCACUCCGUCUGUUUCACCUGAGUAUCGAUCACCCAAUUUUCAGGGUGCUGGACAGUCGAAAUCACGGAUGAUGUCGGCUUCAAGUGCUUGCGCUAUGGGAAGGGACCCGACUGAGCCAAAGCUUUUCGACAUGCGAGCUGGGAAAGCCUUCGAUACUCGAGUCCGACCUCAUUCGGCGGAGGAUAUCAGUUCUCCAGAGAUCAAACGCCGCCGUGUCUCGGAUGUAAACGACCCGAUCCAAUCAAUGCAUCGCGACAGAAGCCCCGGCUCCUACCCACAGUCGUAUAGUGCUCGUCUAGAUGUGCAUCCACGAGCCAUGGGGUCGAUGGUUCAUGCACAGCACCAAUAUGGACCUCCCCAGCUCAAUCCUCAUCCUGACCCCAGCCUGAAGCUACCGCCCCUCCAGACCGUGACCCCAGUUAUGACACCCGCCACUCCAUUAAAAUUACAAGACUCUAGUGUCGAGGCCACUGUCAUGACAAUCCCCUUCUUGAACAAGAUAAAAGUCCUCGCAAAGAUCUCCCCACCCCUCUCGCCCUCUUUCCACACAAUUCCCCAAAGUCGAGGCCCCGUCAUCGCAAUCGAAGGCCAAGACCCUCACCUCGUCCAAAUAGCGGUCGAGCACAUCGACCGACUCCUCAAACGAGAAACAAAGUACCACGUCCGCAUUUUCGAAGGCCCUGAGCUCCGCACUCCACGCCCCAGCUCUGCCGAGAACGGCACUACCGACACAACGGCAGAGUACCUAACCAAGAUAUCCGCCUGGCACUCCGUCUCCGAAAAAAUAGUCCACUUCGUGAAAUCCGUUCCCGCAGCCCCAAAUGCCUCACUCCCUUCGCGGGCCAGCCCCGAAGUAGACACUAAAUCUACCGGUAGCCUCUCUCCGAAGACCCUCGUCCCCCAAACCGCAAACAUGAAUAUCCAUUCGCCGGCACACUCGAGUGAGAACAGCUCAGAGGGGAAGUCCCUGUACGCCCGCUCACUCUGUCUUCACCCCGGUCGCUUUGGUUCCGCGGUAUCAGCUGACGACUGCUGA